GGUUGGGUGGCAAAUGUGUGUCGCCGAUCCCGAUGAUCCUGCGUCCCGACGGCACCGCCGCGGCGUCGCCGGUAGUCAUCACAUGAUUAGGACGGCGCGUCUCGGCCGGCAAGCCGUCCGUUCGGACGGUGUACUCUUAUCGUGCUUCGGUUGCUUGGUGCGCAUCGUUCCCGCUCGGGCCGACCAAAGGUCACGAGCGCGGGAACAAUGGGGUGAAGGCGAGUAUGCCAUGCUAUUCCUCCUUGCCAUGGGCCACCAGCGCUGAUCUUGUGCUCAGCUGGCCCUGUGGCGGUACGUCUCCGAUUUGCAGAGGAAACGGCGUCGGCGCGCGAUGGGUGGCGGAUGAUUUCCACGGCGAAGGAACAGUGCAGUUAAGCACGAUCCAUUUGCACGGGGCGCGGCUCUGCGCUUGGGCGCCGCAGGCUGCGAGCACAGGACGACGGCUUCGCCGUCCAUUGGUGUGCGACGUUGCUCGGCUGAUGUCAAAUGAAGGCACGGCAUCAGUCCGUCGACUUCUUUCCAUUCCCCUCUUGGGAUCGGGACGGAGGAGUCUUUCGCCAGCUCACGAUACCGCAUAUUGGUCUGUCAGGCCUCGGCGAGCGCGGACGGCACACGGAGGCGGCGGCGAGCGUCCGCGCGACGUGUUCGCCGCGGCUCGCCGGAUUGUGCCACGACGGUGCCGCGUCAUACAGAAGGAGGCCACGCGCAUCGUAACACACCCCACUACGCCUGCCCUUUACUGCACUGUUCUGCCACUACUUCGUAACGGUCCAUGUAUACACUCACCCAACGUCUGACACGACGUUUGCUUCGUACUCACUCGCCUAACGACACAACCCUGCUUCGUUCUGUACCUGUUGUGCACUCCUCGGAGAUACAUGUACCUCGUCCACAACGGCGGCUUGCGGGGUACUGUGGCAGUCCUGGCACGCAUCCACGGAGCAUUGACGAAGAUCCCUUGCUAUCUAAAGC